CUUAGAAGAGAGAGAAGAAGACGAGGCUUUGCGUUUGUUUCAGUGGAGGAAAAAGAGCACAGAAAGUGUUUAUUUAUUUAUUUUCUCUCCAUAGAAAACUACGUUUCGUCCAUCCUAGCGCUGAUGUAACCAGAUUUAAAUGGUUUAAACUCUGACCUUUCCGAUGAUAGUUAAAAUAAACUGCGUCACAAAAGGAAGACACGUUUAAAGACAGAAGAAGAAAAAUAAGACGUUGUCGUUCUGGAAAUUUCUUCAACAGCUGAGGUCUAAUGGCCCCCUGGCGUGGAUCGUCACCAACCCUCUGUCUCCUGCUCCUUCUCACUUCCUCCUCAGCUCAUGAUGACUUCUUCACCUCCAUUGGUCAGAUGAGUGACCUGCUCUUCACAGAAAAGGAUUUGGUCACAUCUCUAAAGGAUUACAUCAGAGCGGAGGAGCAAAAACUGGAGAUAAUCAAAAAGUGGGCUGAUAGACUGGAUGUCCUCUCCUCCAGUGCUAAUCAUGACCCCGAGGGGUAUCUAGGAAAUCCUGUAAACGCCUUUAAACUGAUGAAGAGACUUAACACUGAGUGGGCGGAGCUAGAGACUCUGGUGCUGACGGACGUGUCUGAUGUCUUCAUCUCUAACCUGACUGUACACAGACAGUAUUUUCCCACUGAUGAUGAUCAGACUGGAGCAGCCAAAGCUCUGAUGAGGCUGCAGGACACUUAUCAACUGGACACACACAUCAUCUCCACUGGAGACCUGCCAGGUGUGACGUCUCACCGCAGCUCUCUGAACGUGGACGACUGCUUUGACAUUGGCAGGACUGCGUACUCGGAGGCCGACUAUUACCAUACGUCACUGUGGAUGAUGCAGGCCCUGCAGCAGUUGGACGCUGGAGAAUCCAGCACUGUUGAUGCCCUCACAGUCCUGGACUACCUGAGCUUCUCAGUCUACCAGCAGGGGGAGCUGGAGAGAGCACUGGAGUUCACCAAAAGGCUGCUGCAGCUGGAUCCGAGUCACCAGCGAGCAAACGGGAACCUGAAGUACUUUGAGUUCCAGAUUUCCAAGCAGCAGAUGAUGGAGAAGGGGGCGAAGUCUGGGAGGAACAAGGCGAAGGCAGGAUCUGGCAGUCCUGAGGACGAUUAUCUGCCCGAGAGGCAGAACUACGAGGAGCUGUGUCGAGGACAAGGCCUCAGGAUGACGCCGCGCAGACAGAGCCGCCUUUUCUGCCGUUACUAUGACAGUGGUGGUCACCCAAGGUACGUGAUUGGUCCGGUCAAACAGGAAGAUGAGUGGGAUCGACCUAGAAUCGUCCGUUACCACGACAUCGUCUCAGACAAAGAAAUGGAGAAGGUCAAAGAGCUGGCCAAGCCCCGGCUCAGACGUGCAACAGUUCACGACCCUCAGACUGGUAAACUGACCACAGCAAACUACAGAGUCUCCAAGAGUGCGUGGCUCGGAGCACAUGAACACCCCGUGGUAGAUAAGAUCAAUCAGAGGAUUGAGGACAUUACAGGUCUGGACAUGUCCACAGCUGAGGACCUCCAGGUAGCUAACUACGGCGUGGGAGGGCAGUACGAGCCUCACUUUGACUUUGGUCGGACAGAUGAACCCGACGCCUUUGAGGAGUUGGGGACAGGAAACAGAAUCGCCACCUGGCUGCUCUACAUGAGUGACGUACAGGCAGGGGGCGCCACAGUCUUCACAGAUGUGGGAGCUGCAGUCAAACCCUUGAAGGGAACGGCCGUGUUCUGGUUCAACCUGUUCUCCAGUGGAGACGGAGAUUAUCGCACCAGACACGCAGCCUGCCCUGUCCUGCUAGGGAGCAAGUGGGUGUCGAACAAAUGGAUCCACGAACGAGGACAGGAGUUCAGAAGACGCUGUGAUCUGCAGCAGGAAAACUACUGAGGGAAGUGAAAGGACAUUGCCCCCUGUAGGCCAAAAGACUUGACAAAUUAGAUUUUUUAUUUUUAAGACUAAUGAUCAGCUUUGAUCAGCUGACUGCCUGUUCAUUUAAUGAUCAACGUGUAAAUAUAAUAAUCAGUAACAUGAUUAGAACAUGUGAAUGCUUUUAUUGUGAAAAGCACCAAAACACUGGAUAAAAAUAUUCAACAUAAUCUCUGGCAAAAUAUAUAUAUAUAUUUAAAUUUUACUAAUUCUUUAAAUAAAAAUGGACACACACACAAGUGGUGGAGUAUAUUCACACAGCCACACUUUUUUUUUUAACUACUACAAUGCAAGACUCGUGUGUGUGUGUGUGUGUGUGUGUUGUGAUCGAAAUAUGGAAAACACUGACUUCAGAAAAACUUUAUUCAAAUAAAUAGUGAAUGUUUUACAGUCCA